AUGGCCGGAUCUAGUUGGGCACUAGGUUUGCCACAUUGCAGUGAACCAGGUGCCAAUCCGCUUCCGGGUCUGUGGGCUGCUACAUGUGACGUAGGCGUGCCUGAAACAAAGUCGCCAAGAAAAGAAAAGGAGGAGAACGACCCUGGGAACCGGGACAAAAAACAAUUGCCAAAGUCGGGGCCCCUUGGGGACAUUGAUUCCUCCUUUCUUCAAAAACCGGGGUCAUUUGACCCCUCAGAAGUGCAAAAAACUUCGCCAGCUGCUGGAUCGGAAUACCUCAGGCCAGUUAUAUGUGAAAUGGAAUCAGUGUAUGUGAAAGAAGAGGCAAGGUUGGAACCCCAGCAUGAAGUCACCCAUCCUCCAUCUCUUGUGACUGAUACUAAGGAAUGCACUGUUCCACGUCUGCAAGAUGUGGAAGUGCAAACUUUGUGGAGUGGGCCUGCAACUGCAGAAGUUUUUGCUGCUCCUGAAGCCAAUGUGCUGUCAAACACUAAAAAAGUUGCUGGCAAAACCCCAAAUUGCAUAGCAUACAGUGCAAUAUUGGAGUUGGCAACUUUCAUGCGUACCCAUCGUGCUCAUGAAUGUGAUCUAAGACUGAUGUGUUCUGAGAUGCGUGAGGAAGAGCUGGAUGUUACAUUUAUGUCAUCAAAUCCCAGCAGAGAGGCUGUUCACAAAAGCCACAUGCAUGAAACCCCAUGGGAAACGGGUGAUGAAGAAAGUGAGGUUGUAGUUCAAGAAAACUAUGAUGAAUGUGCUUCACCAACCCAAGUUACAUCAACAGAUUUUGAGGAACCUCUCCCAGCUGUGGAAACAUCCUCCAGGAGAGAGAAGAAGAAAACAAGCAAGUCCAAGUCCAACACAUGCAAAAAAAUCAGCCACACAGAGGAAAAGGCUCUGUACUCAUUGAAGGCAAAGGAAAGGCAGUCAUCACCUCGAAGAAAGGGUGGAAAUGUGGAGCAGGUUCAACCAUCAACAAGGCCUAAGAAUGAUUGGCGUGAGAAACUCUGCACCUUCACAUUUGACCAUGGCUUCACUCAAAUAGGACCUUAUGAUCAUGCAUGCAGAAACAAAGAUCCAUUGUGGAAUGUUCAAAAACGGUGUGUUCCAGGUGCUUUUGCUUCUGGGGCAUUCAAGUUCCCAAAGUUGUAUCAGGGCUCAUUAUGUAUGAGCAACAUUGCAACAGAUGAGAGAGUACUCAUUCCUUUGGGUCCUGUCGCACAUGGUCGUGGCAUUUACUUCAACUUGCUGGUUCGAGCUUUUUACCCGUUCAAUUCCUCUGGAGGAAUCUUGAAUUUUGGUCAUAAAACACUGCGGUAUUCAGAUGUGAAGAAUGCUUACCGCAUACACAUCAAAACUGUCAUUGCGCGUUACAUGAAUCAGUUGAACUGUGUGGACACUGCUGUAUUCAAAAAUUACACUGACUGGUACAACUCUGUUUACGCCCGACGAACCUGGUUAGUUCUGAAUGCUUUGGCAUAUUUUAUUUCAUUUUAUGAAAUUUUGAUCAAUCACAACAAGUGCAAGAACCUUGAUCCCCAAAUGGGGCUCAUGGCAGUUGGGGUGCAUGGUUGGAACAUUGAAAACGUCAUAUCGUACUCGAUGAUUGAGAGAAAACAUGUCUGCCGUCCACGAUUUCCACCGCCACUUUUCUUUUAUCAGCCAUUUCCUAACGUCCCGGACGCGGGAGCCGGCGACGGCGAAUUCAAGCGCGAAGGUUAG